GCUAACAUAAAAUUACAAACGCCCUUAUGUAUUAAUUUAAGGAUUGUACUUAUAGAAAAUGUUGUGGAAAAAAAUUCAAUGCAUUUGGAGAAGGUUUUCUUCAGUAAAGGUACGGUAAAGGCUCUUUAGGGUCCACAUAACUUUAGUGUUGACAUCCUUCAUCCGGGCGUUCGGAGGACCCAUGGACCUGGAGGACCCGCAAGCUGUCGGAAGAGUGGGCACGCUGACGUCACGAGGCCAUAGGAACCCAAUGGGCAGGAAUGGCAGAGCCGACUCCGGGGGAAGGAACUAAAACAGCCUGAAACUUUACUUCUAACGGUUCUGCAAAUGAAUUUAUCGCAACCGAAACCUGGACUAACACUAUUCAACGGAGUAUCGAAAACAAAAGUAUUAUCAGACGUGGAUAUUCCAGAAGAUAUCUGGCUAAUCAGACGGGGCGCACUUUCGGAGCCGCUUGUUAGCCUUGUGCCGCUGACUUUGAUUCAAGGUAGCUGCUAGCUAGGUUAGCUGGCGUGUGCUAGCCAGCUGCUGGCUUAUUGGUUUACUAGCCCAACAAGUUAACUGUGUUGGAGAAUUUAAUGACUCCAUAUUCAUACUGCUGAAUUAUAGUAUAUUGCAAAUACAAUGCAAUUUACACAUUUGUUGUCAGUUGAAAUAUAAGAUCUUAACAGAGCAGACUUGUUCAUUCACAUAUUGCGAAUAUCGGAGCUAACGUGAACGCUAGCUAGUGCGUUCAGGUUAGCUGCUUUGAGAUUCUGAAGUAUCCCCAUUUUUUGAUCUAUCCCCAACCAGUCAAAAGGCCUGAUUAUUCGCCCACGAAUCGAAGUUCAGUCUUUUAAUUGAUUAUAUAAUGGAAAGCCUAACGCUAAGUGACGGUGAGCAGCGAUAUUACUCGGAUUUAUUCGUUUAUUGCGACACGGACAAUACCAAAAAAGUGGCGUCUAAUGGGAGGGUUCUUGACCUUUUCCGGGCGGCCCAGCUACCCAGCGAAGUUGUCCUGCAGAUAACAGAGCUCUGUGGAGCCACUCGGCUGGGACAUUUUGGGCGGAGCCAGUUCUACAUCGCCCUGAAGCUCAUCGCCAUUGCCCAGUCUGGUCUGCCUCUCAGAGUGGAGAGUCUCAACUCAGUCAAGGACCUGCCGCUGCCCAGGUUCGUGGUUGGCAAGAACGAGGCAGAAGCGAGGCACGCAGCCCUAUACCAGGAGGCCGACAGCCAGGGAAUCUAUCCCGGGGCCGGGGUCAUCCCCAGGCCGCCGGGCCGAGGCCUGCAGAACAAGAAAGUCACCCCCGUCGUCCCCCCAGUGGUCCCCGUGCACGAGGUCAUCCAGGCCCUCGCACCUGCCAGUGAACCGCAGUGCAUGGUCCAGCCCGACUCCACGUCGCCAGUGGUCUCCCCCCACCAAUCCCCACCCACCUCCCCCCACUCCUGGAGGAAACACAAGCGGCAGGCGAGCGGCGGCAGCAGUGCCGCAGACCGGCCGCCGGCCGUGGCGACCGCCCCCGCUGGCGUCUGGACACAGUUCAGAGAAGCACCGACAGUACCAGUACCAGUGCCUGGGGACGGGAUGUGGUCGGCCCAUUCUCCCCCUCCGCCCCCUGUUCAGGAGACGUGGGUCAGCUUCACGGCGGACACACCGCCAUCCAGUGCCAUCCCCGCCAUGCACCCCUCGUCCGUCCAGGAAAGCACAACGGUGCGGACGGUGGCCUCGGCAGCGACCACCAAUGAGAUCCAGCGUCAGUCCAGCGCAUACGACGACCCAUGGAGGAUCACGGACGAGCAGAGGCAGUACUACAUCAACCAGUUCAAGACCAUCCAGCCCGACCUCAACGGCUUCAUACCCGGCUCGGCAGCAAAAGAGUUCUUCACCAAAUCCAAAUUACCCAUCCUAGAGUUGUCACACAUAUGGGAGCUGUCAGACUUCGACAAGGACGGCGCGCUGACGCUAGACGAGUUCUGCGCAGCCUUCCACCUGGUGGUAGCGAGGAAGAACGGCUACGACCUCCCAGAGAAGCUACCCGAGAGCCUGAUGCCAAAGCUGAUAGACCUGGAUGACUCGGCAGAGGUGUCCGAGGCAGCGGUGGACGUGGGCUACUCUGGCUCACCCGUGGAGGUCACCCCAAACAAGUCUCCCUCCAUGCCCUCACUCAACCAGACCUGGCCAGAGAUGAACCAGGCCAAUGAGCAGUGGGAGACGUUUAGCGAGCGCUCCUCCAGCUCACAAACUCUGACCCAAUUUGACUCUAACAUUGCACCAGCUGACCCUGACACCGCUAUCGUCCACCCGGUCCCCAUUCGAAUGACUCCAAGUAAGAUCCACAUGCAGGAGAUGGAGCUCAAGAGGACCGGCAGUGACCACAACCACCCCACAAGCCCACUGCUGGCGAAGCCUCCAGAGCUGUCUGAAGAGACCAAGCUGGCUGCCUCCUUGAAGUUUGUUGCUGACAAUGCUGUCGGGGAAGGUUACAGUAGUUCAGAUUCCUACACCUCGGACCAGGAGCCGAUCACCAGACAGAGGUCUCAUUCUGGGACGUCUCCGGAGGCCUUGAAGGUGGUGGGGGCUGCGCCUCCCCCCCCUCCGCCGCGCCCCCACCCGUCCCACUCGCGCUCCUCCUCCCUGGACAUGAACCGCAGCUUUGCAGCGGGGGCGGUCGCCGGACAGCCGCAGCCCGGUGCCAUAGCCUACCCCCCUGCCGUCCCGCCCCGGCCGCUGCCCACACAGACGUCUAUGCCCCACGGCGGGCAUCGCAGCGAGGUGGAGGGCGGAGGGGGCACCCCGCUCACCGCCUCCGCCCCCACCACCGUCACCACCACCACCGCCGCCGCCGCCGCCGCCGCCACCCCCGCAGCCCCCGCCACCUCCCCGCACCUGAUCCCCCAUCAGCCCAACUUUGCAGACUUCAGCCAGUUCCAGGCCUUCGCCACCUCGGACCAGCCCUCGAGCCUGCCCGAGGUGGACAAGCACAGCGAGGCGGCGGCGGCGGCGGUGGUGGUGGUGGCGGCGGCGGCAGCGGGGCAGGUGGGUGUGCUUCACACGGUGGAGAAGCCGCCGGAGGGAGCGGGUCCGCUGAGGACGGUGAAGAGCGACGGCCCGGCGGAAGAGCGGACCCCCACCAGCCUUAACUCGGCCAAGGGGGCGUCGGGUCCCCUCGCCCCUCCCCCCAAGCCGGUGCGUCGGAGGCUGAAGUCGGAGGACGAGCUGCGGCCGGAGGACGAGCCACACGGCCCGCAGAGGUCCAACCUCAUCGCCGCCGUCCUGGCCACGCAGCCCUCCAUCCCCAGGUCAAUAGGGAAAGACAAGAAGGCGAUCCAAGCAUCCAUCAGGAGAAACAAGGAGACCAACACAGUGCUGGCACGACUCAAUAGUGAACUUCAGCAGCAGCUCAAGGACCUGCUGGAGGAGCGGAUAUCCCUGGAGGUGCAGCUGGAGCAGCUCCGACCCUUUUCCCACCUCUAGAACCAGGCCCCGCGCUCUUAAGAAGAAGAAGAAGAAGAAGAAGAAGAACAGGAGGGGGGGAGGGUGGGGGGGGGAUUGGUCGUAGAGGGAGCCACUCGCAGGGGCCCUCCAUGUGAUCAGUCGCCCUAAAGCCACUUAACUUCCCGCCUCCAUCGCCCCUUGCUCCCUGUACCCCCCCUCGUCCUGCCACGCACACCAGCCCUGCCAAACGCUAAUGACCCGAUGCCCUGAUGUGGACUAACUCCUACAAACGCACACGUACACAUUCACAUGCAUACACAUUCAUCGACACGCGCAUUUCAGGGGGGAGGUUGGCACGGUGGGAGGCGUGGUAACAAACUGGCACUUUCUACAAAGAUUCAGUGGAGGAAUGAAUAACGAGUCCAGAUGAUUCCUGACCCUGCCUGUCCGGCUGCAGCGUGAGUCGCCAGACAUGUUAAUUUUAUACUCUCCCAGUGACUGAAUAAGAGAGAUUUUUUUUUUUUUAAGUUGUAUUGAGUGUGUGUGUGUGUGUGUGUGUGUGUGUGUGUGUGUGUGUGUGUGUGUGUGUGUGUGCGCGCGAUGGAGCGUGCAGGUGUGCCUGCUAGACCCUGCGACUGUGCCUAGGUCUGCGUCCCUGUCCCAUCCACACUCUUCUGAGGAGUUUGUGUGCAUGUUUGUCUAGGGCCAGGUUCAAGAUAAUCACGGUAAAGGCUUUCCACCAUCCAUGUGAACAGAAAUCAAGCUUCCUUCCGUGUUUGUGUACGUACGUAUGUGGGUGGGUGUGCGUGAGCAUGGAUAUGCAUUUCAGUUGAAUGCAGGACUAGAAGAAGUGGGUAAAGGUUCUGUUCCGGCAUUUGACUUGUUGUGCGAUUGCUUUUCUGAAUGACUCGCUGAGUACAAGCUCGCUCUCUACUGAAUACCAAGUUCCAGUUGUCCAAUCGGAAAGCCCAAUUUUCUCUCUUUGGGUUAACGUGUCUUUUUUUCUUGCUUUGCUCUUGUUGUUCCACUCUGCAUUGGAAUAUAGCCUUAAAAGGAACCGCAUGUUAUUUAACAAGGGUUUUAAUAGCCUGAGGUUGCCGCAGAGCUGUCCCACAUGGGUCACAUGACCCCCCUUCGACCCUUCUACCUGGAGCGGUCAGCCUACGGGAACAUGCUUGUCAUGCUGUUAAGGCGACAGGGGAAAAUAAAAUAGACGGGGGGGAAAAGAGAAGCCCAACUGUUGUGGACAGACGUUGGUUAUAAAGUCUGAUGUGGACAUAAUAUACGGACCCCCCCCAGUAAUUUGGCGCUAUGCAACCCUUGACGGUAUAUCCUCCAUAAACAUUUACGAUACCUUUUCUUUUUCUUCUUUUUUUCUUUUUUUUUUGUAAUCCGGUAACAACUGUGUCAACUGUUGUAUUGUCUCUUGGGUAUUAAAAUAAAACAUGACCCAUGUCCAGGAUCUAAUCGCCACAACCCCCAACUGGUGCUGAAUUAAUCGCAGUUUGAGGAUAACUGGUCCUAAUUUGGGUACCUGCUAUUGCAUUUGGGUAUAACUGCGCGUGUUCGUGCACAUGCACCCUAACCUGUGAGGCUUGGCAGUAGAUGAAGCUUAGCGACAUACCAAAUGGAUACCGUUGACAGAAGAGGGAGACCUGAAAGACCAAGCUGCACUUUAACCCCACCCUAACCUAUUUUCUUUUUAUUUUUGGUUUUCUUUGACGUUUCUAUUUGUUCUGGCACAUUCUUCCUUAACAUAAUUUUUGUUUUUGUAAACCUGCAUGGUGUUCCAGUCCUAUAUGUCUAUUAUAAUAAAUUACGCUUUAAUGAGAAACAAUGAGAAUCUUGAACCACUCUUGUUUUUAUACACUGGUAACCUGAAAUCACAUUCAGAACGGCCUCUUGCUUUCUACUCUAAAUCUUGCAUUUCUGCUAUGUGUAUCUUCUCUUAACCAUCAUGUAUUUUAGGAACCCCCCUCUCAUUGAUGUCAGGUCUCCAUGGUGACUGACCUUAUUCCCAUUGAUAUACCAACACUGUGUGUGUGUGUGUGUGUGUGUGUGUGUGUGUGUGUGUGUGUGUGUGUGUGUGUGUGUGUGUGUGUGUGUGUGUGUGUUGGGAGUAGACCUGGAACUAAUACCAUUUAAAACCUUAAUUACCUGAUACAGGAUUGGUUCCAAUCUUUCCUGGCACAUUGCCCUCCCCAUCUGCCUAUAAACCCUUGUCUAUGUUGAAAUGCAGGCAGAGAACAAAUUAUUUCCUUUGAAUGGGCUUUUGGAUUGUUAUUUGCACCCAGGUCUAUGUUGUACAUUGUACAUGAUAAACUUUUGAACUCGUAUGUACAUUUUCAUCAAUUGCUGACUAACGAGAGAUAGGAGAUGAUUCCUUUAAUAAUUGUUUCUCUUGGAUGUGGGAUCCUAGGUGUUUAAACUGCAUGGAUGUAUCUCUGCAGAUCAACUAGCAGCUGUGUGGUUUUUACACAAAUAAAAAAAAACAGCACAAUAUUUAAAA